ACUGUAUUUCACACAGUUGUCGGUAAGAGAGCACGAUAUGUCAUUUUUGAAAAAGCGUAGAAAGAAGCCUAUAAUAGGCCCAAUAAAUAAGGCCCAGUAAGAUAAACAGGCCACUAAAACGGCCUUGUUUGAUAAUAUUCAAUCGGCGUUAGACUAACUUCUCCACUCUUUCUUCCCGGCGGAGCGACUACGAUGUUUGCGGCGGUACGAGUACGAGCUUCUCUCAAAACUUUGUUCCAUGGCAGACACAGCUCAUCUUUCAGCCGAUAUUGUGAAAUUGCAGCGAUUUCGAAGCGUAUUUCACAAGAUAGAUUCAGUGAUGGAAUGCUGAUUCUGAAUAGCUUGCUAUCAUCUGGAAAUGGAGUAGGAAUCAAAUUGCUCAACCGCGCAUUUCAUAGCUCUCCACCGUGUAAUUACUCGGAAUCUGAUGUAGGAGUGAAAACUCAUGCACCUGCGUUAUUUAGUCAUCUUGAGGAUGAUGAUUAUUUCUCAGAGUUGGGUUCUGUAGAGAAAGAAGUGGAUCGGAAUGUGAUUGUGAAGAUGUUAACUGAGAAGCCAGAGCCUGUUCAGGUUGAGAAUCCAGUGAUAUCUCUGAAUACUAAAGGCAAGAAGAAAAAGAAAAAGAAGACGAAGCAGGAACAAGCUUCUGAUUCAAUUUCGAAACCAAAGUUAUUGACUGAAAAGCCAGAAGUUUCUUGGAAAGUUAAUGGCAAGAAGAAGACGGAAGCAUAUGCUUCUUCACCAGCAAGAGAUGCUACAGAUUCAAAUAUUCCUUUCUCCAAGCCAACCAUGUCUUCGUCUCAAAUUCAAGAUCACAAAUCCAAAUCUCAAAACAUAAUCAGUCCCAGUUUUGAGCCAGGAGAUGAAAAUAGCUCCAAGGGUUCUGCUACCUCCAAUACACCCUCAAAUCAUCCCUCUUCAGUACUCGUUAUAAGGAUUGGUAAUCUAAAUUCGAAAACAGCUGAUUCAAUGAUACACUCGAUGUGCUUGUCGAUUUGCCCUCUUGAGGGGAUUGCUAGGGUUAAUGAGGACACUGUUGACGUUUUAUUUCGAGUGAAAAACCGAAACGAAGCAGAUUCUAUACUGGAAGAGCUAAAAGAUGCAACCGUAGAUAACUCUCAAUGGACGGCUGAGAUUGUACCAGAAGCCGAAGAAGGUUCGAAAAAUCAAAUGGGUAUGAGAAUCACAAGCUGUUACGAAGAUUUGGAUAAGCAACUGGUAAUGCAGCGCAUUCUUGGAAAAGACUUGGAAGUUCUGCUCCAUUCAGUAAUGCAUCUGGAGAAUCACCCAAUGGCUCGAGGAAGAGACUAACUAAAGUUAGUUAGGUAUUUGUUGAGUCUUGCAGUCCCUUUGAUAAUCGAUUGAAUUGGGGGUUGGUUUGAUCAAAUUUAAAAGUAAGGAGGUAUAACGAAACUAUUACGAAUUACAGGCGGUAUAAAGUUUUUCUGUCCGUCAAAUUAAUAAUAAUGAUGGCACGAGGGAACUGAUAGACUGAACGAGACUGUAUGGGCCUAAUUUUGUCAGGCCCGCUAAAGCAGCGGAUUAAUGUUAAGCCCAUUAAUGAGACUGUAUAUCUCCACUAUCCGUGUAACUUUUCGAAUGAGAGAAUUUACAUUUUUUUGGUUUAGUCUUAUACUACUCUUUUGUUGGUAAA